CAGAACCAGCUAACAACAACCCCCAGCCAAGUCAACAUGUUCAAAUACUUCGCCCUGUGCUUCUUCGCUAUUGUGGCCUGUGUGGCUGCCAAGCCCGCAAUUGUUGCCGCUCCUUUGGCCUACAGCGCGUACACUGCCUCGCCCUACGCCGCCGCCUACACCGCACCUGUUGCUAGCGCCUACACCGCCUAUCCCUACUCCGCUGGCUACUCCGCCUAUCCCUACGCCGCCGGCUACUCCGCCUACUCUGCCUAUCCCUAUGCUGCCUACUAUCGUUAAGUUAAACCUAAACUGAAGGAUUAGACUCGUACCUGGCUAUUGAUUACCUGCUAAACUAAACUUUACUUCACGCUUAUGUUGCAACUUGGAGCUACAAUGCAAAAGGAUUUUUAGUUUUUUUCUUAUUCUUUUUAUUUUUUUUUAUUUUCUGUGUGUGAGCAUUCUAUGCUUUGGUUCUAACUGAAUGUGUGAAAUAAACUGCAAAUUGCGUUAAACGUACAACAA